GGGGGGGUUUUCUGCAGAUCCUAAGAUAAUCUCAGAUCCGAUCCUUCCCCAUCAAUUCAACCGGAGCUUCUGCUUCAAAAGGCGAAACCUUUACCCCAUGACAUCGAAAUUUAUCAAACUCAGUGGUCAAUUCAUCGGCAAAUUCACCCGCGUCACCGCCUUGCCAGCUCACCACACUGAUCUGGUCCAAAGGGUUUCGAUCUUAAAAAACGAGCUUCUAGCGACGGGUAACAGUAAAGAGAGGUUCGAGAGCGUUUUGGAUCAGAAAGGGCAGUGGCUGUUUAGAAGCUACCGUGAUGGAGCUGGUAUCGUCGAGCUUAUGGAUCAACUCUUUCCUCUUCCUUACUUGGCUCUUCAGGUUUUAGAGUGGAGAAGAAGACAAUUUGAUUCUUGUAUCCCUUUGUCAACUGAGGAGUAUGCAAAAGGAAUCAAGAUCGCUGGUCGAGCUAGAGACAUUAGCUUUGCGGUCUUUCUAUUCAAUGAGGCAGCUAAGAAACGAAGCCAGACCGCUUCAGUUUACAAUGCUUUGAUGAGUGCUUACAUGUACAACGGCCUCGCCGAGGAAUGUCAAUCACUUUUCAGAGAUUUCACGAGGCAAACACAUUGUUCUCCGACAGUUGUGACCUAUAAUAUUCUUAUAUCUGUGUACGGUAGACUUCUGAUGGUGAAGAAUAUGGAAGCAGCUUUUGAAGAGAUGCAGAAACUAAAGAUUUUUCCGAAUUUGAGCACUUACAACUGUAUGAUUGCUGGUUACGUGACAGCCUGGGAGUGGAGUAAAAUGGAAUCUACUUUUCGAGAAAUGAAGGUGGGUUCAGUGGAGCCUGACACCGAGACGUGUCUGCUGAUGCUUCGUGGGUAUGCAAACUCAGGAGAUUUGAAUAAGAUGGAAGACAUGUAUGAAUCGGUUAAAGAUCAGGUUGGUGUAAACAGAGGUGCUUUGGUUAGAGCCAUGAUAUGUUCGUAUUGUAAGAAAGCUGUUGAAGGUAGAGUGGAAAAGAUUGAGAGUUUAUUGACUCUUCUCUCUGGGGAGGAGUAUUAUCCUUGGUUGAAUGUGCUUUUGAUUCGAUUAUAUGCUCAAGAAGACAUUCUUGAAUCAAUGGAGAGGAGAAUCGACGAGGCGUUUGAGCACAACACAUGUGUUAAUAAAUCGAGUAUUAUGAGGGCAAUCACUGCAGCUUACUUCAGAUGUAAUGAAGUAGACAGUCUUGUUAAUUUCGUCAAGCGUGCAGAGUCUGCUGGAUGGAAACUAUGCAGAUCUCUCUAUCAUUGUAAGAUUAUGAUGUUUGGGUCCCAGAAACGCUUUGAGGAAAUGGAGGGUGUUGUAAAUGAGAUGGGUGAGACUAAUUAUGGGAUUGUGACUAAAACGUUUGCAAUUAUGGUUAAGGCUUAUAGAAGUCAUGGGAUGGAGUUGAAUGCUGAGAGAGUUAUGGGAAAGAUGCUGAAACAUGGGUAUCUACAUGUUCCAAAAGCGCAUCUGACUCAAUCGGUUUUAGAUGCAACUAAAGUUGCGUAAAGAAUUUUAUGUUUGUUUUGAUUUGUUCAGUGUCCUUAUCAACAUGCAGAUGAUCGAAAGGUUAAUGUUGUUUCUGCCUUUGCAUUGAUGGUUACUUACGACGGUGUUGUGCUUAGACUGUGCCCCAUGAGACGUGAUAAAAGAUACUGCCAAUGCUUCAUAAUCUGUAGAUGAGGUAGCGCAGCGUUAUCUCCCGUUAUGAGUGUGACUCAGUCAUCAUUAUGUAGCCAUAGUUGUACAUGUUAACUGCAAGAGUUUGAAGCAUACAUGGCAGAUUCUGAAUAUGUUGGUGGAUAGGAACCCUCAGUAAAAAAAAAAACAUCUCUGCGGAGUCAUGAAGGUCUGCACUGUUUGGAUUCUUUACUUGUGUAACUGCUGAUAGAUUAUUCUGUUCUUAAGAAAAUGAAGAGCAGGCUGUGCCAAGCUUGAGCUAUCUUGAGAAACCUGACCAACAUCUGCAGUGUGUCUCUCUUCCUUCGAAAUCUUACAUCCACAUCUGCUCUGUUGUUUUGCAUUGAGAUAUGUUUGUAAACUAGAGCGACAGAUAGGUCAGUUACACCAAUGUUUCAGUAUAGUGGGGACCUCAUAUGCUAAUUUACAACAUAUUCAGACAUUCUUUCUAGUUGAUAAGCCAUUGAGCCUUUUUGUUUCUUUAUGAACUGUGUUAAACCAUUUCAUUAGAAUUCUUUGUUUCUUAGCAUUAUUCCAAUUAUGUUAUAUA